AUGUUAGGAAGAAGAUUUUUUUCGAGCAGUAGAUCUGCUCUUUCAAAGAUCAAGGUGAAGAGCCCUGUUGUAGAGCUAGAUGGUGAUGAGAUGACUCGUAUUAUAUGGGACAAAAUCAAGACUAGGCUAAUUCUGCCAUACGUGGACGUCGAUCUGAAGUACUAUGACUUGUCAGUAACGUCACGUGAUGCGACUCAGGAUAAGAUUACAGUGGAUGCUGCCAAUGCUAUUAAGCAGUAUGGUGUGGGUAUCAAGUGUGCUACUAUUACCCCAGAUGAGGCCCGUGUCAAGGAGUUUAACUUGAGCAAAAUGUGGAAAUCCCCAAAUGGUACUAUUAGAAACAUUCUUGGUGGUACUGUCUUCCGUGAACCAAUUGUGAUUCCAAGAAUUCCACGUUUAGUGCCUGGAUGGGAGAAGCCUAUCAUUAUUGGUAGACACGCCCAUGCUGACCAGUACAAGGCGACAGAUGCGAUUAUUCCAGGUCCAGGUAAAUUGGAAUUGGUUUACAAGCCAGAAGAUGGCUCUGAACCAACCAAAUUAGAAGUUUACGACUACAAAGGUGCUGGUGUGGCGUUAGCAAUGUACAACACUGAUGAAUCUAUCCGCGGGUUUGCCCAUGCAUCCUUUAAGUUGGCUCUUAACAAGAAAUUGAACUUAUUCUUGUCUACUAAGAACACCAUCUUGAAGAAAUAUGACGGUAGAUUCAAGGACAUUUUCCAAGAGAUCUUCGAUGCCGAAUACAAGACUCAAUUUGAGGCAGCUAAUAUUUCCUACGAACAUCGUUUGAUCGACGAUAUGGUCGCUCAAAUGAUUAAAUCUAAGGGUGGAUUCAUUAUGGCAUUGAAGAACUACGAUGGUGAUGUUCAAUCUGAUAUUGUUGCACAAGGUUUCGGUUCUCUAGGUUUGAUGACCUCUGUGCUAGUUACCCCAGACGGCAAGACUUUUGAGAGUGAGGCAGCUCACGGUACCGUCACUAGACAUUACAGACAAUAUCAACAGGGUAAGGAAACCUCAACCAACUCCAUUGCUUCUAUCUUCGCAUGGACUAGAGGUCUAGCCAAGAGAGGUGAAUUGGAUGGUACCCCAGAAGUCACUAAAUUCGCCAAUUUGCUUGAAUCUGCUACUUUAAACACUGUUCAAGAGGACGGUAUCAUGACCAAAGAUCUUGCCUUCGCUUGCGGCAAGACUGAUAGAGAUUCAUACGUCAACACCAACGAGUUCUUGGAGGCUGUCGAAAAGAGAUUGAAGAAAGAGAUUAACUCUGUCGAAUAA